AUGUCGAGUCCCAACAAAGGUCCCCGCCGCGCUCUCGUUAUAGGAGCAGGGCCCUCUGGCCUUGUGACAGCCAAAUAUCUCCUUGCGGAUGUGAAUAACACUACCACUGUCGUCGUGUUGGAAGCCUCCCAUCAAAUUGGAGGUACCUUUGUCAACAAGGUCUAUGACAAUACUCGAUUGGUGUCUUCCAAAUAUCUGACAGCCUUUUCGGACCAUCGAAUGCCAGAAGCAUAUCCCAAUCACCCAUCCGCAGAUCAAUAUGUCCAGUAUCUAGAGUCCUAUUGCGAUCGAUUCGAUAUCACCCAGCACAUUCGAUUUCAAUGCCAAGUCAUUUCCGUUCAAGACGACAAUAAUAACAAUGCUAGUAGUAGGGGAAAGACCACGGACGAGAAUGAUGUCAUGACAAUACAAGAUACGAAUGGAUACAUUGUCCAAUACAAGGAUUUUCGAGAGAGCAGCAGCAGUAGCAGCAGCAGUAAUGACCAAGAACAAGGAAAGAUUGUGACGGAGCAUUUUGAUUUGGUGGCCGUAUGUUCGGGACUCCACAAUGUCCCAAACAUUCCAAAAUUGCCAAAUCAGCAAGCCUUUCAGGGGACCAUUCUUCACUCUUCUCAAUACCAGGAACCUUCCAUCUUUGACAAUCAAAGAGUCUUGGUGUGCGGAUCGGGAGAAACGGCCAUGGACAUUUGCUACCGGGCCGUGCAAAACAAGAAUUGUCAGUCGGUCGCCAUGAAUGUCCGUCGAGGCUUUUUGUCCAUUCCCCAUACCUUGCCCAACGAUCGGCCGCUGGACGUCUUUAUCACAAAUUGGUUGGAACAUAGUCACGAGCAUCCUUGGGUCCAUGCCUUACGGCUCCGCUGGUGGUUGUCCACCUUGGUCACUCGCACCUUUUUGUUGGCCACUGGUUCGUCCGUGGGAUUCAAUCAGUGGGCGUGCGAGACCAAACCCAUCAAACGUGGGUAUCAUAUCAUCAACAAGAGUCAUGCGGCAAUGGCACAUAUGAAUGUUCCAAUCAAACGCCAAUGGGGAUGGUGGGGACAAUUCUGGUUGUGGGUUUACGGCGAAACACAUCUCAAGCCAAUCACAACCUUUCACAGGACGGCCAUUGCUAGGAUUGACGACAAUGGAAAGACAGUUCAUUUUGAAGAUGGUCGAAGUGUGGAUGUGGAUACUAUAGUUUUGGCCACUGGAUAUCGACAAUCCUUUCCGUUUCUGGACAAGACUACUAUGAUCCAACAGAGCAUGAUGACAAGCAACGAUCCUUGUAUGGAAAAGAACAACAAGCCCAACACCUACCGACUAGACGAAGAUCCUCUUCCAUCGGAGCAUUUUAUUGUCAGCAACGAACGACCACAUUUGGGAUUCAUUGGCUUUGUCCGACCCAAUGUAGGCGCGAUACCACCCAUGAGCGAGCUUCAAGUCAUGUGGUGGUUGGAAAAAUUAAAGGGAAAUCUAACGAAUCCGACAUUGUAUCAGAGACCAUCCACGCCGUCCUACAUGGUCUUGGGACAAAAGUAUCCGUAUGGUGUCGACUAUGGCAACUACAUGCAUCGUGUCGCGGAGGAUAUUGGAUCCGCACCAACCUUGUCCAUGCUUUGGCGGUCCAAUCAUCCACUACGUGCUCUCUAUACCUAUUGUCAAGGCCAAGCAUACAUUGGCAUCUUUCGGCUGCAAGGUCCGUAUGCUUCAAAGACAUGUUGGAAUAUUUUCGACAAUGAGCUCUGGGAGGUCUGUCUUGAUCGUGGAUGGGCCGAAAACUUUGGACUGGCAUCCAUAACUGGCCUCUCGCUAAUCAUGAAUGUUGUCGUAUGUGGAUUGGAAGCAGCAUUCUCGCUGGUCACAUUGAGGCCACCGAGGCUCUUUAGUAGAUAUGGUUAG